AUGCCGGCCAUCCCGUUCUCCGCCCGCCCCGCUGAGGUUUCGGACGAGCGGCCCGAGAAGAGCGGCCCGUACGUCGUUCCGGGUCUCGUACACACGCGCAUGCGAGGCCGUAGACCGGACCCGUUCGGGGUAGUCCGGGCGCGGGAAGCGGUCACCGAAGUGGUCCCGCAACUGUCCAAACGGACUUUCGCGUUUAUAAACAGUGUACAAUUACGCGCAUUUGAACGCACGCCGUCGAUUGGUGUGCACUUCAGGUCGGCCACGCCGAGGCCGUAA